AUGAAAUUUCCUACCCUGUCUCGCACAAAGCCUACCAGACCCCUCAACGGAGAGAACGAUACGCCAGCCCUCGCAGUCGUUCUGUCGAGUCAGCACACGUCUACGAGUCAGAAAGAAGAGGAAAGAACGCUCUUCCGCCCCUCUUCUAGGCAGAAUUCCCAAUCCGGGGGCGAGAAGAGGUACGUGGAGACAGCGCCUCUGGACGAGGCACUAGCAGCAGACAAGCUUUCAGAUGAACCAGAAUAUCCUUCUGGGGCAAAAUUUGCCAUUAUAAUAGUCUCACUAUGUCUUUCAGUGUUCCUAAUGGCUUUGGACAACACCAUCAUUGCUACUGCAAUCCCAAAGAUUACGGAUCAUUUCAAAGCUCUCGAUGAUGUGGGUUGGUAUGGGUCAGCCUACUUACUUACCGAAUGUGCUUUACUACUGCUCUUCGGCAAAUUAUACACCUUUUUCAGCAUCAAGUAUGUCUAUCUGACUGCUAUAUUCAUCUUCGAAGUCGGUUCAGUCAUAUGUGGUGCAGCACCUACCUCUGUUGCUCUUAUCAUUGGUCGCGCAGUUGCAGGCGUUGGAGCUGCCGGGAUAUUUUCUGGUGCUCUUGUCAUCAUAGCAUACGCUGUACCACUAGUGAAAAGGCCAAUCUAUACCGGCUUUAUUGGUGCUAUGUAUGGUUUGGCGUCAGUCGCUGGGCCUCUAAUGGGGGGUGCUUUCACGGACAAAGUCUCGUGGAGAUGGUGCUUCUACAUCAAUUUGCCCCUUGGAGCGGUGACGAUUCUCGGCAUCGCACUCUUUUUCACUUCACCUCCACGUGAACAGGAGAAUUCAAUUGGCUUUUGGGAACGCGCGAAACAGUUCGAUCCUAUUGGAACCAUUCUCUUCGUGCCUUGUAUUGUAUGUCUCCUGCUCGCGUUACAAUGGGGAGGGUCGAAAUACCACUGGGGCAAUGGAAGGAUCGUUGCGCUGUUUGUCGUCUCUGGAGUGCUCGGUAUUGCUUUCGCUGGCGUACAACUAUGGAAAGGGGACAAUGCAACAGUCCCACCCAGGAUUCUCAAGAAACGGAGUAUAGCCUUUGGUUCUUGGUUCGUCUUCUGCUUGGGUGGUUCAUUUUUUCUCCUGAUCUACUACAUUCCUAUCUGGUUCCAAGCUAUUAAAGGCGUGUCAGCUGUUGAAUCUGGUAUCAGGAGUCUCCCUAUGAUCCUUGGUCUCGUCAUCGUAUCUAUAAUAUCUGGUAUUGCUAUCACUAUAAUGGGCUACUACACUCCGUGGAUGAUUAUCUCAUCCUUGCUUAUGGCCGCGGGUGCUGGUUUAAUAUCCACGUUCAAAGUUGGGUCCGGCCAUGCCAUGUGGAUCAGUUUCCAAGCCAUUUAUGGAUUUGGUGUCGGCGCUGGCAUGCAACAAGGGAUCAUUGCGGCUCAGACGGUGUGCACUCUGGAAGAUAUCCCGACAGCAACAGCGAUCAUGAAUUUCUGUCUCAAUCUUGGGGGCGCUCUUUUCAUCGCGGUUGGGCAGAACAUCUUCACAAAUCGUUUGUCUACAAAUCUUGCCAACAAUGUACCGAUUCUCAACCCAUCGAUCGUCCUUAACACGGGGGCAACGAGUCUGCGAAAUGCCGUUGGUUCAGAUAGCCUUGAAGGUGUCCUGUUCGCAUACAACGAUGCACUAACACAUACAUAUUACGUUUCUGUCGCUAUGGCAUCAUUAUCUAUCGUUGGCGCGCUCGGCAUGGAGUGGAAGUCGGUAAAAGGGAAAAAGAUUGAGGGUGCUGCAAUUUAA